UCUCCCAUCUCUCUCUCUAAAUUCUUAUCUAUUUUAGGAAUUUCCGCACCGCCUCCUCAAGCUUCGUCUCUUUAUCUUUAAUUCAAGUACGUACACAUUUUCCUCCCUAUCUUUUAUGAUUUUUGUUCCGUAGCCCACAUAUUUCUAUGGUAAAUAGAGCCCAGAAAGUUCUUGGAGCGCUAUGAAUAGUAUUCAAACAGAGGUUGUUCAAGAGAGAUCAGUGUAACGCUUUAAGGAUUUAGAAGUUCGGUUCUUGAAAUUACUCCUGAUGGCUGGCAGUAAUGAAGUAAAAAUUAGUGAAUCGAAGAGUGUGGUUCCACUGAAUACAUGGAUUCUAAUAUCCAAUUUCAAGCUUGCUUACAACAUGCUUCGCCGUCCAGAUGGCACAUUUAACCGUGAUUUAGCUGAGUUUCUUGAUCGAAAAGUCACAGCAAAUGCGAAUCCUAUCGACGGGGUUUACUCUUUUGAUAUUGUAGAUCCCACCAAGAACCUUUUCAACCGGGUUUACUUGUCUUCCCUUGAGAAUGGGGCUCAACGGGGGAUUGUAGAAGUUGAAAAGCCAUUGAACACAUGUGAAAUUGUUCCUGUAAUACUGUUCUUCCAUGGGGGGAGCUUUACUCAUUCGUCAGCCAAUAGUGCUAUUUAUGAUACAGUUUGUCGUCGACUUGUCAACAUAUGCAAGGCUGCUGUUGUAUCUGUGAAUUAUCGCCGAUCACCUGAACAUCGAUACCCAUGUGCCUACGAUGAUGGAUGGGCAGCUCUUAAGUGGGUCCACUCGAAAUCGUGGCUAAGGAGUGGGAAGGAGUCGAAAGUUCACGUAUAUUUGGCAGGUGAUAGCUCAGGUGGGAAUAUAGCGCACCAUGUUGCUGCACGGGCUGCUGAAGAGGGUGUCGAAGUAUUGGGUAAUAUUCUCCUUCAUCCAAUGUUUGGUGGGCAAGAGAGGAAGGAGUCAGAGAAAAGAUUGGACAGGAAAUACUUUGUAACGAUUCAAGAUAGGGAUUGGUACUGGAGAGCCUUCUUACCAGAAGGAGAAGAUAGAGACCAUCCUGCCUGUAACAUAUUCGGCCCGAGGAGUAAAAGCAUUGAGGGACUUAAUUUUCCAAAAAGCCUAGUUGUUGUAGCUGGGUUUGAUCUUGUUAAAGAUUGGCAAUUGGAUUACGUUGAAGGGCUCAAGAAAUCUGGACACGAAGUAAAGCUCCUAUAUCUUGAAAAGGCAACAAUCGGAUUCUACUUCUUGCCAAAUAACGAGCAUUUCCAUUGCCUCGUGGACGAGAUCAAAAGCUUCAUCCAUCCUAACAGUUAAUACAUAUUUACAUCAACUUCAAUUACAUGCAGCUAUGUAUACAUUACAGAAUCUCAAUAUUUUACUCGGGGGGUUAAUUUUUUCCCAACUUUUAGCAGGUGUGUAAUCUUAUAUGCUGUAUAGAGUUAUUUUUGUUUUUAACUCGUCUUUUCUGAGAUAUUGCUUCUUACACGAAUCAUCUCCAUCCCAAGAUCAUUGAGGUCAAGCAACACUUUCCAUAUUGGAAAAUUACUUAUUUUGGUACUGCAGAAUAGUAACUUAUCCUUGUGCAUUUGGCAGAAA